AUGAGUCAGCCCCCCUAUUACCAAUCGUACCCGGGCACGACCGCCCCGCCGCCUGGCUCCCCUCUUCCGGCGAGCUAUGCUCAACAGCCUCUAGCUCCGGCUCCGACAGCAGCAGCUCCCUACGGCUAUCAGCAGUCUCCUCAAUCGCCCUACUACGGUUACCAGCCCACUCCAGGCCAAUACCAAGCUCCUCCUCCACAGCCAGGGCAGUAUCAGCCUCCACCUUCUCCUCAGCCGGGGCAAUAUCAGCCGCCUCCGAGUCCUCAACUGGGGCAGUACCCCCCUCAGCCGGCGCCGGCCCCCUACGGACAGCCUGCUCCGCCUCCGGUCCCGGGUCAGCAGACUCUGCAGCCGGCGCCAGCUCCUUAUGGACAGCCCGUACCUAGUCCGGGGUUGUAUCCCCAGAUGCCGGGGGCGUAUCCGAGUCCGAGUCCGCAGCCUCAGGCACAGACCUAUGGUCAGCCUCAGUACGGACAGCAGCCUCCAUAUGGGCAGCCUCUUCAGCCUCAGUAUGGCCAGCAGCCGGUCUACGGCCAACCUGUCCCCGUUCCCGGGCAGCCUCAACUCCAGGCUUAUCCCGGUCAACCCCAAUACCAGCCCUACCCUCCGCCCUGCACGCGCGGCUACGAAUCCACGCCCCUGCCCCCUCUUAACCCCCUCCCCGAACACAUCAUCACCUCCGACAUCCGCAACCUUCGCACAGCCAUGAAGGGCAUGGGCUGCGACGAGACAACCCUUAUUUCCAUCCUCACCUCCCCGCGCUACCGCGACCCCUGGGCGAUGCACACCCUCGUUACGCAAUACAACGACCGGACUGUAAGAAAUCUCGAUGAAGAUAUCAAAAAGGAGACGGGUGGGCUGCUUGAAGACGGUCUGCGCGCGCUGGUGCGGGGACCCCUGAGGCAGGACGUCUACCAGUUCGAGAAGAGCUGCGACGGGGCGGGGACAGACGAGGAGGGGGUGAUGGACGUGCUGCUGAACCGGUCGAAUGCCGACUUGCGGGCCAUUUGCGCGGAGUACAAGCGCCGGCAUGGCAAGGAGCUGUCGGACAGGCUGAAGAAGGAGGUUAACGAAGAGACCAUGAGGCUGUUCUCCAUGCUUCUGUCGGGCACAACGAAAGCAGAGGAGAACGCCCCCGUUAUCCCCGCCGAUAUUGACGCCAAGGUCACCGAAAUCCAGCGUUCCACGGAGGGUAUGUUCUUUGCAAACGCCAUUUCCGUGGCGCAAAUCUUCACCUCGUGCAACCAGGCCCAGCUGCGCGCGCUGCAAGACCAUUACCGCGCGAAGUACCAACGAGAUCUGCUUGAUGUGGUCAAAAAAGAGUUCCGCGGCGACUUCCAGGACGCGGUGAUCCGCAUGCUGGUGCACGCCAGGGACAGGGCGCAGUGUGAUGCGAUGAGGCUGCAGAAGUCGUUGUGGGGUAACAAGACGAGCGAGAAGAGAUUGUUUGUGUGGAGGGUGUGUCAAUUGUGGUGGGAUAGGGAACGGUUGACUGCGGCGAAGCAGGCGUAUGUUAGGACGUAUCGGAGGACGUUGGAGGAGGAUGUUAAGGUCUUGUUGAAUGGAAAUGCGGAGCGGUUUGUUUUGGCUUUAUUAAAAUAG